AUUUUGUCAUUUGGACCACUUUCUCUCUCCUCUUCUUCUAUAAGUACCCUUCUUUUUCUUCUUUCCUUUCAUUCUCCAAAACUUCUAACCAACUACAGUUACAAACAAAUUCUCUCAUAUUACAUACUCUGUUUUCCUCUGUCUCUUCUCUCUUUACAACAAAAUUAUAUUAUUAUGGGUAAUUCAAGAAUGAUGAAAGAUUCUGAGAAAAGAAUUUCAAGCAGAAAAUUAGGAAGAUUUUUGAGUGAACAAAGAGGAAGGCUUUAUAUUAUCAGAAGAUGUAUUGUUAUGCUCCUUUGUUCUCAUGAUUAAUUCCUCUGUUUUCCUCUGUUUUUUCUUCUUUUUUUCUUAAUUUUUAGGGAGUGAUUCUUCUCUAAUUUAGAAUUUCCAAUUGUAUAUAUGGAAAGAGUGAUUCUGCUACAUUUUUAGGAAAGGUUGCUAAAUUAUCAUUAGCUCCUUUGUCUCUUUUUUGUUCCUUGUAAAUGAUUGAAUAUCUCAGUAACAAUGGCUAAUUUCUGCUUUGGAACA